UCUCUGCAGCAGCCACACGAUUAAUUUGCUCCGCAUCCUUCCUCCGUCUUCCACGCAAAGCUCUAGCUAUGAAGAAGCCCAGCUCCCUCCUCCUCUGCUCCUUCUUCCUCUUCCUCGUCCUCCUCCCUCUCUCCGUCCUCGCGGACGGCGGCGGCGGAGACUCGUGCGCCUCCGCCGACGAGUGCCGGAACAAGGACAAAGCCCUGAGGCUCAAGAUCGCGGCGCUGGUGUCCAUCCUUGUGUGCAGCACCAUCGGGGUGCUGCUCCCGCUCGCCGGCAAGUUCGUCCCCGCGUUACGCCCCGAGCAGGACGGCUUCUUCGCCGUGAAGGCGUUCGCGGCCGGCGUCAUUCUCGCCACCGGCUUCAUCCACGUCCUUCCCGACGCCUUCGAGAACCUCACCUCGUCGUGCCUGAGCGAGCACCCAUGGCAGGAGUUCCCCUUCGCGGGCUUCAUCGCCAUGGCGUCCGCAUUGGGGACGCUCAUGGUGGACGCCUUCGCCACGGGGUACUACAACAAGUUGGAGCUGAGCAAGGCGGCGCCGGUGGCGGAGGGCGACGAGGAGGCUCGGCGCUCCAGCGCGCUCCAGAUGCACGUCCACACCCACGCGACCCACGGCCACGCCCAUGGCCCCGGCGCCCUCCCGGCUCUUGCCAGUUCCGGCGAUCUCAUCCGCCACCGAGUCAUCUCGCAGGUGUUGGAGUUGGGAAUUGUGGUUCACUCUGUGAUCAUCGGCAUCUCCUUGGGCGCAUCGGAGAGCCCAUGCACCAUCAAGCCUCUGGUCGCUGCCCUCAGCUUCCAUCAGUUCUUUGAGGGCAUGGGUCUCGGAGGCUGCAUCGUUCAGGCCAAGUUCAAGAGCAAAGCCACAGCCAUAAUGGCUCUCUUCUUCUCACUCACAACUCCAGUGGGGAUAGCCAUUGGGAUUGGGAUAUCAUCCACCUACAACGAGAACAGCCCGACUGCUUUGAUAGUGGAGGGAGUGUUCAACUCUGCAUCCUCAGGCAUCCUCAUAUACAUGGCGCUUGUGGACCUUCUUGCUGCUGAUUUCAUGGCCCCCAAGAUGCUGAACAGUGGGAAGCUUCAACUUUUGGCUAAUGUCUCACUCCUUCUUGGAGCAGGACUCAUGUCCCUCUUAGCAAAGUGGGCUUGAGAUAUGUCAGUUAGAGAGGAGGAGUUUUUUUAAUACAAAAAUGUAGUAAGAACUGUGAUAAGGGAAUCUUAGUAUACCUUCUUGCUGUUGAUUUCAUGGCCCCAACCGUGCAGGAUAAUCAGAAACUUCAAAUUUUGGCAA